UUGUGUUCUAGAAGAUUCCAAUAAUCCAUGUUCAAUAAUUGUUGUAGUCUAAUAGUUUUUAUUUGUUACUUUAAGUAAAUAAAUGUAAAUAUUCUCUUACAAUUAAGGCUGUGAUUUUAGUUUUAUCCUUUUCUAAUAUAUACAUUAAACAAUCGCGGCCGAAGAAAAAACUUCCAUUGUAGUAUUUGAUUCAUCUACGUACUUAAUUUUCUUAUAAUGGCUUCUUGUGCGAAUGAAGAAAAUAAAAUUGUCAUAAAAAAAGAUUGGUACCAAUCAGAGUCUCAAGUGAUCAUUGGCAUUUUGGGUAAACAUACAUCUAAAGAAGACUGUAUUGUACAAUUUAAAAAAGAUGAAGUAAAUGUUCAAGCUAUAUUAGCCACUGGUCAACCCUACACUCUUAAUUUAAAACUUAGCAGAAGUAUUGCACCUGAAUUUAGUAGCUUUAAAGUUCUCCCGUCAAAGUUGGAAAUACGCCUCGCAAAGACAGAAGGAGGAAUGUGGGAUGUACUAGAGAAAACUGUUGUUAAACCUAAGCCAUCCACUAUUAAUCUUCGCAAUUGGGAUAAGGUUGUUGAUGAUAUGACAAAAGAUGAAGAAGAUAGUGAUGUAAAUACUUUAUUCAAGAAAAUUUAUUCAGACGGUUCGGACGAAGUGCGCAAAGCCAUGAACAAAUCUUUCAUGGAAUCAGGGGGCACUGUUUUAAGUACCAACUGGAAGGAUGUUGGCAAAGAUAAAGUAGACAUUAAGCCACCAGAAGGGAUGGAAUGGAAGAAAUGGGACGAAUAAAUAACUCUGUAUAUACUAUUACAUUAAUUAAGUGUUUGACUUUCUCUAAAAAUUAUGCAAUGAAAAAAAUAAUUUUUUUAAACUAUACAUACUUCUUGCAAAUUAUUGUUGUAUUAUACACACAUUAUAAAUUUGCGUUUUCAUGUGACCAAAUCAUGUUUUAAUUUAUUCAUUUUUGAAAUUGAUCUUAGUAAUCUUUAUAGUCCUUUUUUAUUUCUUUAAAAAAAAUACUUAGAAUUAAACAUAGAUGAAAAAACAA